CUCAAAACCUCCACAACCUGCACACUUCAAGAAAAGUCCAGCGACUUCAGGAGGUCAAGAAACCUGCCUGGUCGAGGUCAGAUUUGUUCGAAAGACUCGAGGGACACAGAACGACCUCCUCCUGAGAGCGACGAAGUCCCACGGCGUGAAGAUGCAGAACAGAGGAUUCUUCAGCCAGAAGACAGCAGGAGCUGCGCUGUGCAUCGUGCUGCUACUGAUGGCUCAGCAGGUGUGUGCUGCUCCAGUGGUCUCUUGGGUCCAGGGUUCAGGUCCACAGCCGGGUCAGGUGCUGAGGCGAGUUGCCCGGAUGACGCCGCUCUGGAGGAGCCUGAGCAGUAAACCGUUUGGAGCCUACUGCCAGAGCAACAUCGAGUGCUUCUCAGGACUCUGCAGGGCAGGACACUGCACCAAUAUUUCUCGUGUCUUAUCAGAGGCUGUGAAGUCCUAGUCUUACAAAUCCUAGACUACAAAGAGUGUGUUUACAUGACCAUACAUCAGUAAUAACAAUGUCAUAUUCAUAAAAGGGAUAUGAACUGUUCCCAAGAUUUUUAAAAGCUAGAUUUUGUAUUUAUGUUUGCCAAUUUGCUGAUGAUGUGUGACUAUUUAAUACC